AUGAAGCACGAACAGAGCCAUGCAGUUCGUUCUUAUAAGUCCUCCUCUUAUCAAUCGUCAGACGACUACAGCGUUGCAGAAACACCCUCUCCGGACUCGGCAAGUCUCCACUUGCCUGACAACCUCAUAGUUGAAGCAGGUCAUGGCCUACUUCUUAUCUCUCAGCUGCCGACAUUUGACACUGCUGGGCUCGUGUCGAAUACAGGGACAACCGAUCUCGCUGUGCUGAUCCAUCGCCACUAUCGUGCAUUCCAACCUCCGGUGUCGCUGCCAAACUCUGACUGGACAUGGAAGAAAGCCACAAAGCAAGUGGUUUUGUUGCAAAAAGCGUUUCCUGCAGUCAAAGACGCGGAAAACAGUGUAUUAGCCAUGGCGGCUUGGUUUCACUUCCUCUGCGACAUCGAUGACGAGGUCGAACAGAUGGAGAGUAUGGAGAGAGGACUGCUGCUUGGACGGAUCACCAAGGCGCUGCAGACUGCAAGCGUAGACCCACUCAAGCUUCCGAAAAGCGGGCAUGCAAAACUACUCGCACUCGUCGGCAGCUUCAUUCGGCAAUGCCAAGUGGUCUUAUCCCCUCAGGUUCUUUCCCACGUCUUUGCCGACAUCAUCGACUGUCUAGAGGGACUAAAGGAGGAGGCUGCUUACCAGGAG